CGAGGCGCACCACAAUUGGACCCAGCAAGGAAGAACACCGCGAUCCCCGAUUUUCGACCAUCACCAAACGCCAACCGACACCUCGUCUGCGCAUCCCCCGUCAAGAUGCGUACCUACGACGACUCCUUCUCCGGCCAGAAGAUCUACCCCGGCAAGGGUAAGCUGUACGUCCGUGGCGACAGCAAGAUCUUCCGCUUCCAGAAUGGCAAGUCCGAGUCGCUCUUCCUCCAACGGAAGAACCCCCGCCGCAUCGCCUGGACUGUCCUCUACCGUCGCCAGCACCGCAAGGGUAUCUCUGAGGAGGUCGCCAAGAAGCGCACCCGCCGCGUCGUGAAGCACCAGCGUGCCAUCGUCGGUGCCUCCCUCGAGCAGAUCAAGGAGCGCCGCACCCAGCGCCCCGAGGCCCGUGAGGCCGCCCGCAAGCAGGCCAUCAAGGAGGCCAAGGAGAAGAAGGCUGCCGCCAGCGCUGCCAAGAAGGCUGACAAGGCCAAGACCGCUGCCUCCGCCGCCAAGGGUGGUGCUCAGCGCAUCUCCUCCAAGCAGGGUGCCAAGGGCUCUGCCCCCAAGGUCGCCGCCAAGUCUCGCUAA